AAAGCGACCUUGAUACCGUCCAGAUAACAUUUGACUGCUAUUCACUAGGUUAUAAACUUAUUGGUUGUUAGUAUUAAAGUGUUGGAAUUCCUGAUUUCCGAAAAUGAAUGCUGAAGCUUACUCAGGAAAUUCAAAAUAUCCAGCUGCACCUCCUUCAUAUUUUGAAGCUACUGGUCAACAGGCUCCGCCACCACCACCAGGAUUCAAGCCUGUAACAUCGCAACCUCAGGCUGUGCCACUUGCACCUAUAGUUCAUGUUGGGCCAGAACCAUUGAUUGCUACUUGUCCAAACUGUGGCCUGAAUAUUGAAACUGUUACCAGAACUGAACCGGGACUUAUUGCUUAUCUCUCUGGUGUUCUCAUCUUCUUAUUUGGCUUUUGGUGUGGUUGCUGUUUGAUUCCAUGCUGUAUCGAUAGUUGCAUGGAUGUCCAUCAUUCAUGCCCUAACUGCAAAGCUUACAUUGGAAGAUACAGACGCUAAG